AUGAGGUCAUGGUUACUGCGUCGUUUGGGGACUGUACAAUGUGUGUCUCUACCACUUACUCGUGCAGUUUCUUCUUGUGCAGUGGAAUUGACUUUUGAAAAAUAUGAAGUAGAGGCGGUGAAGGAGUCGCCGCCAUUGGUCAUACUCCAUGGCCUGUUCGGUCAUAAACGGAACUGGCAUUCUGUUUCAAAAGCGCUAAGCAAACGUCUCAAAACUACUGUUUUUGCGGUCGACCUGAGAAACCAUGGUGAUUCUCCUUGGACAGAAACGAUGACUUAUGACGAUAUGGCUGCUGACGUUGCACGGUUUCUUAAGGAAAUAAUUCCGCGAGAACUUGGGGAAGCCGGAAUAAAGGUUCAUCUCUUGGGUCAUUCGAUGGGGGGAAAAACUGCUAUGAAGAUAGCUUUGUCUCCCGAAAGUGCUGGUAUGUUAGAAUCGCUUAUAGUUGAAGACAUAGCUCCAAAAAAAUAUGACGACUUCGAUCACCAUCAGUUCAUCGAUUACCUCAAAGCAAUGAAAAAAGCUAAUUUGGCACAGACUCGCCAUCAAAUCAGUCAGGAACUUGCUGCAGUAAUUCCAAAUUCUUCAGUACGGGAAUUUUUAAUUACCAACCUAGCGGGUGGCAAUAAAGCUUGGAAGUGGAAGCCAAACUUAGGAACCAUUGAGAGGUACCUACUCGACGUUUUUGAUCAGGACGAUUCAGAAGGUUGUUUUCCUUGUAAGACAUUGUUUAUCUCUGGUGGUAAUUCCAUUUAUGUCAGUGAAAAAGAUCACGGGCGUAUACUGAAAUUAUUCCCAAAAGCUCAGUUCUGUGUUAUUCCUGGAUCCGGUCACUGGGUACAUGCAGAGAAACCGUAUGAUUUUAUGGAUCAGGUGGCGAAGUUCAUCACCGAUGCUUAA